AUGUUCCUAAAACUUUUAGAAUUUAUCGUAUUUUCGUUUUAUAUCAUAUCAAGUGUAAAUGCGCUUUGGCCUCUUCCUCAAUACUGGAAUAAAGGUUCAACAACCCUUUCAAUCUCUUCAGAUUUUUCUCUAAAACAAACUCUUAAAACUGAUUCCUUACUUAAUGGUCAAACAAAAAAAAUUCUUGAAUCUGCUAAAGAGCGCCUCCUAAAGUUCCUAAAAUCAGAACAAUAUAUUUCUCCAAAUGUUCAUUUUAUCGAUCCAGAUAAAUCAAACACGCUAUCUGUUCUGACUAUUUCAAUUGCUACUGAUACUUCAGAAUUAGAAUUAGGUGUUGAUGAAUCAUAUGAACUUACAAUUCCUGAAUCACAAAUUGACAAUGAUCCAAUAACAGCUCAUCUUGAAGCUAAAACCAUAUUUGGUAUUCUUCAUGGCUUCAACACAUUUUCUCAACUUCUCUAUUAUAAAAACUCUAAGUUCUUAUUGCCUUUCGCUCCACACAAUAUAAAAGAUUUUCCUCGGUUUUCUCAUCGAGGUCUAUUAUUGGACACUGCAAGAAAUUAUUAUCCUAUAAAAGACAUUUUUAAGACAUUAGAUGUUAUGAGCUGGAAUAAGUUUAAUGUGUUUCAUUGGCAUAUCGUUGAUGCUACUAGUUGGCCGGUAGUUAGUGAAGUAUAUCCAGCGUUGAGUGAAAAAGGAUCUUAUGAUCCAAAACAUAUGGUUUAUACUAAAGAUGAUAUUAAGAAGGUUAUCGAAUAUGCAAAUUUGAGAGGAAUUAGGAUUAUUCCGGAAUUUGACAUGCCAGGUCAUACCCAUUCCAUCGCAGAAAGCAUGCCGGAAAUAAUGACAUGUAUAGAUGUACAACCAAAUUGGACUAAGUUCUCUGCCGAACCACCGUCUGGCCAAUUAAAUCCUGCAUUGAACAAAACUUAUAGCUUCCUUAAUAAACUUCUUCCUGAACUAAUUUCUUACUUCAAUGACAAAUAUUAUCAUGCUGGUGGAGACGAAGUAAACCUACAAUGUUGGAAUACCACUCCAUCAAUCACUGAAUACCUAAAUCAGCAUCCGAAUUCAUCCAUCGACACGCUUCUCUCUAAAUUCAUCAAUGAAACUCACAAUAUUGUUCGUAAGUCAGGAAAAUUACCGAUAACGUGGCAAGAAAUGAUCGUUGAUCAUAAUCUGACGUUGAAAAAUGAUACUUUGGUUCAAGUGUGGACUAGUAAAGAUGUAGUUAAAAAAGUUGUGGAUAGAGGAUAUAGUGUCAUUACAGGGAGCAGUGAUUUUUGGUAUUUAGACUGUGGGCAUGGUGGAUGGCUUGGAAAUAACGUUAAUGGCACUAGUUGGUGUGAUCCAUAUAAAACUUGGCAAAAGAUUUAUUCUUACAAUCCAAUUGAUGGAUUAACCGAUAAAGAAGCUAAAUUAAUCAUAGGAGGUGAGGUUCUAUUAUGGUCAGAACAAGCUGAUCCGACAAACUUGGAAAUUCUCUUGUGGCCACGUUCAUCUGCUGCUGCUGAAGUAUUGUGGUCAGGUCCUUAUGAUACUUCUAAAAAACUUAGAACUCCUGAUAAAGGUGCAUUAGCACGAUUAACUGACUGGAGAUUUAGAAUGGUAGAGAGGGGUGUAAAUGCAAUUCCAUUACAACCUUUGUGGUGCGCUCGCACAGGACGAUGUGAUCUGCCCUAG